AAUGAUCUGAGAACUGUUUGGAUCAAAUGUUGAAAGAACUUUGAAUAAAAGCUUUGUUAUGCGCGUGGAAACUGAUUUCCGAAAUUUACUACUGAUCGUCACUGCCACAGUAACAACGGCGAAAACCACAACAAAUACGUGAAAUCGUAUGCAAAACCACAGCAACGCGAAUGCUGUGUGUGAAAGUAUAAUUGGAAGGAAAGAGUAGAAAAGCGUUAAAUACAAAAGCAACCAAAAAAAAAACAUAACAUCAAACAACAACAAACCGCAUACCGCAAGCAAACGAGAGUACUCAAUACACCAACGAAAGUAUUACCAGCGCGUUUCCGUUACUGCCUCUUUCGAAUCAUUAAAAUUGCACUUUCAACAUUCCCGAAACAACAAGUCACUCGCUCGGUACGCGCGCCUGUGUCGCGAAUCCUUUUUAAAAAUAUAACUUUAAACUUUACUGACUUUUAUAAAAAAAAAAUAGUAUCUACGUUACGUUAAUAAACCGUCAAAAUGUUUGAUGUAUUCGGCUCCGUCAAGGGGCUGCUGAAGAUCGAUCAAGUCUGCAUCGACAACAAUGUCUUCCGCAUGCACUACAAAGCAACGGUGAUCAUAUUGAUUGCCUUCUCACUACUUGUCACCUCGCGUCAAUACAUUGGCGAUCCCAUCGAUUGCAUUGUCGAUGAAAUUCCGCUCGGUGUUAUGGAUACCUAUUGCUGGAUUUACUCCACAUUUACUGUGCCGGAACGUUUGACCGGCAUCACAGGACGUGAUGUGGUACAACCGGGCGUCGGCUCACAUAUAGAUGGCGUGGAUGAAGUUAAGUACCACAAAUACUAUCAG